GAGUGCACGCGCCUCCAAAGCAGGGCGUGGCCGCGAGUGGGUGUGGUUUCUCAGAGGUGGGUGGGGCCUGACUCACGGUAGGAGGGCAAGUUAGCUGCCAGCUGUGGUCGGUCAGGAGCCCGCCACUCCAGGCGCGAUGCUGUUCUGGACUGUGCUCAGCAUGGCUUUGAGUCUGCGGUUGGCACUGGCGCAGAGCGGCAUAGAGCGCGGUCCCACAGCAUCAGGCCCCCAGGGGGACCUGUUGUUCCUGCUGGACAGCUCAGCCAGUGUGUCACACUAUGAGUUCUCAAGAGUUCGAGAGUUUGUGGGGCAGCUGGUGGCUACGAUGCCUUUCGGACCCGGGGCUCUGCGUGCUAGUCUGGUGCACGUGGGCAGCCGGCCUCACACAGAGUUUACUUUUGAUCAGUACAGUUCAGGCCAGGCCAUACAGGAUGCUGUACGUGUUGCACCCCAACGUAUGGGUGACACCAACACGGGCCUGGCACUGGCUUAUGCCAAAGAACAAUUAUUUGCUGAGGAAGCAGGUGCCCGACUAGGGGUUCCCAAGGUACUGGUGUGGGUGACAGAUGGGGCCUCCAGUGACUCUGUGGGCCCCCCUAUGCAGGAGCUCAAGGACCUGGGUGUCACCAUCUUCAUUGUCAGCACUGGCCGAGGCAACCUGUUGGAGCUGUUGGCAGCUGCCUCAGCUCCGGCUGAGAAGCACCUACACUUUGUGGAUGUGGAUGACCUUCCUAUCAUUGCCCGGGAGCUUCGGGGCGCCAUUAUUGAUGCGAUGCAGCCACAUCAGCUUCAUGCCUCGGAGAUUCUGUCCAAUGGCUUCCGCCUGUCCUGGCCGCCCCUGCUGACAGCGGACUCUGGUUACUACGUGCUGGAGUUGGUGCCCAGUGGCAAACUGGCAGCCACAAGACGCCAACAGCUGCCCGGGAAUGCUACCAGCUGGACCUGGACCGAACUCAACCCAGACACAGAUUAUGAAGUAUCACUGUUGCCGGAGUCCAAUGUGCGCCUCCUGAGGCCCCAGCACUUGCGAGUACGCACACUGCAAGAGGAGGCAGGGCCAGAACGCAUCAUCAUCUCGCAUACUAGGCCGCGCAGCCUCCGUGUAAGUUGGGCCCCCGCACUUGGCCCGGACUCCACUCUUGGCUACCAUGUACAGCUCGGACCUCUGCAGGGCGGCUCCCUAGAACGCGUGGAGGUGCCAGCUGGCCAGAACAGCACUACCAUCCAGGGCCUGACGCCCUGCACCACUUACCUGGUGACUGUGACUGCCGCCUUCCGCUCGGGCCGCCAGAGGGCGCUGUCGGCUAAGGCCUGUACGGCAUCUGGCGAGCGGAUCCGUGUCCCGCAGACCAUGCGGCCAGAGGCCGGACUGCGGGAGCCCUGACCUUCCUGCCUCGUCCACCCGAGGGGCCCUCUUCCCUAAUCCAGUGAGAGAGGCACCGCUGCUCGUGGUUUUUCUUGUGGAUGGAGUGGGGUGGGGAGAUGGGGUGCUGGUCCUACCUUUGACCUGCGUAAUUCCUCCGGUCGUUUCCCCACUGGUCAUCACCGCCCUUGCCUGACUCCCGGGAAACCUGUAGCAACCCUGGUAGCCUCACGCGCAAUGACAAUCCUCUCCGGUUGCCAGUGGAGUUGAGCACACGGUGGUCCUUGGGCAACGUUUGGCGAGGGGAUGGACAGUGUUUGAGGUCAGGUUGAGACCCAGGAGAAGCAUUCAGGAGAGGAGGCCACAGAGUUUUCUACCUGUGCCAAAGACUGGGCCCUCUGGUGGCAAGGACUACACAUGGCUUGGAGAAAGUGUCCAGGACCCUUCAAGUCCUGCCUGUGCCUAGAAAGUGGGUAGGAGAAAGGGAGGAGAGAGUAGUGUAGGCAAGGUUCCCAAAGACUUCCUUAGGGCAAGGAAAGGUAGGGAGAGAUACCGGGAGGCUGAUGAUAUUGCCAACUAGUUUUCAUCAAGAUUUUCUGCCAGCCUGGAGACCAGGAUCUGUCAGGGUCACUGACUCUGCCUUCCUGCCCAGGACCUGCACUGGGCCCCGCUAUCAGUGCGGGGGGUGCAGAGUCUUCACAGGAAUGGGGGAUGAGACCUUGGCAUGUAGUACCUUGGGGAUAGGAGAGCCCUGCCGUUACAGACUUAAAGGGAGUCUCCUGCUUUAGUGUAGGGAGCAAGGUGCCAUGCAGGUGGGCUACCUCCUGUCAUCACUACUGCCCUGGGGCAUCUGACAGAUACCUAAGGGUAGUCAGGAACAGGCUUCCUCUCCAGUCCCUAUGUACGCAGAGCCUCUCCUCCCCAGAAUCUCUUUCCCUAACCCAAGCUUACUUCAUCUCUCUUCCCCACUAAUGAUCCAGACUCUAACAAUAAUACAGUAAGCCAGACGUAAACUGUGCCUGCAGUCUCAUUAAAAUGCUUUAUUUUUCGUCAAAACUC